AUGUGGAAAUUAAAAACGUUAUUAUGGCGUCAUUCAACGACGGCCUUGCUUUUAAUAUCAUGCUGCCUUUAUGCGACCUCGAACGGUCAAAUUGUGGGUCAAGCAUCGGUCGGCGAACUGUAUACAUUUAAAAUUGAACCAUCGAUGUUCAAUUGGACGCACCAGGUGAUUAAUGAACAAUUCCGCUAUACACCAUCGUUGAAGUCGUAUCCCGAUUUACCAUCAUGGAUGCGUUAUAUGUAUAGUCAUGAACAUCAUGCCGGUUUCCUGUACGGGACACCACCAGCCCGUUUGGCUGGUAAGAAAAUUACGCUGGAAAUUGUGGCAUUGAAUAAACAAAAUUAUGAGACAAGAAAUGCUCAGCUGGAUAUAGCUAUUGCUUCGAAGUUCCAUGCUCCCAAUGUGGUGCAAAUGAAAAUUGACAAUUUAAAUUGGGUACAUUUAAUGGAUCCUGGUAGGGUUGAGAAUUUACGUAAUAUUUUCCGUAAAGAUCUGUGGCCGGAAAGUGAAGCAGAUUUGAGUUUGGUCUUUAUGGAAUCGGCAGUGAAUAUGGGUGGACGUUUGCCAUUGAGGCCUCAACAGCAUGAGGGGGUUAUUGUUCACCUGGGUAGCUUUGCCAAAUUUUCGGAACGUCUAAAUCAGCUGCAGGAAGAAGUACGACCCCUUUACAAAUUGCCCUCAUGUACUUAUAAGCGCACCUCGGUACAGAAAAUAUUUGAAAAUGUUGGUUUCAAACUGGAUUGGUGUGCCUUUAAAAUGGUUGGCACUGAUUCGACACCCGAAGUUCUACAUCACAAUCAUGAUUCGGCGGCUGCUAAUGGCAAUAACAAUAAUAAUAACAACAAUAGAGUUAUUGGUCAUAGUGAAAUGUUAAAUUUGAAACGACGUACAGAUCGUUGGCAUGGUAUGGCCCGUGAGGAUGUUCCCAUACGCAAUUAUAUCGAUGAGUUUGCAUUUGCCUUUGCCAUACCGACUGUUCUCUUUGGGCUGCUUUGUGGCAUACUAACGGCCACAUUGUGUUUCAGACAUCAGAAAUUCUACAAGGAAACUUAUCCCACAACAUCAUCCACGGUACAAAUGGUACAGUAUUCCGAUACAAAUUCUCAACCGGUUACCACUUUGAAAAGUCUUAAGGAUCCCAAUUGUUUGUUGGAUAAUACCAGUGUUCGCUCACAAAGUCCCACCAGUUUCUAUCAAACUGAGAGUCCAUCUAAUACAUACCUAAGGCCAAAGCCACCACCAUAUAAGGCCGGCACUCUAACACGUAGCGGUGGUGUGGAUAUAUGACAACCAACUUCGACUAGUCCACGUAUUUUGUACUG